AUGAUCCUACGGUUCAUAAUUCUCCAUGAGAGAUGGGGAGUGGAGAAGAAGGAGAAGAGAGAGGAGAGGAAAUGGAGAUGGAGAUGGGGGGAGGAGGAGGAGCCGCAAGGAUCUAGUCUCACCAUGAAGCGUGUUGCGGCUGCCAAGCAGUUCAUCGAGAACCAUUAUCGAGCACAGACGAAGAAUCUUCAGGAGCGCAAGGAGAGACGAUGGGUUCUAGAGAGAAGAUUAGCUUCUUCAUGUGUUUCAAAGGAAGAACAAACUAAUUUGAUCAAGGAUUUAGAAAGGAAGGAGACCGAGUUUAUGCGGCUUAAAAGACAUAAGAUUUGUGUGGAUGAUUUUGAGCUGCUAACAAUUAUUGGGAGGGGAGCUUUUGGAGAAGUCAGGCUCUGCCGGGAAAAGUCUUCUGGAAAUAUCUAUGCGAUGAAGAAACUCAAAAAGUCUGAAAUGCUUAGCAGGGGGCAGGUUGAGCAUGUAAGAGCUGAAAGAAACCUUCUUGCUGAAGUUGCUAGCCAUUGUAUUGUGAAGCUCUACUAUUCAUUUCAAGAUGCUGAAUAUUUAUACCUGAUUAUGGAGUAUCUUCCUGGAGGGGACAUGAUGACCCUUCUAAUAAGAGAAGAAACCUUGACUGAAAGUGUGGCUAAAUUUUACAUUGCGCAGAGUGUGUUGGCCAUUGAGUCUAUUCAUAAACAUAACUAUAUUCAUAGGGAUAUUAAACCUGACAAUCUUCUGUUGGACAAAAAUGGUCAUAUGAAGCUGUCUGAUUUUGGUCUUUGCAAGCCGAUUGACUGUGCAACUCUUAUGACUCUUAAUGAAAAUGAGCCCUUGAAUGAUGAAAACCUUGAGUCAAUGGAUAUUGAUGGAGGCUUCCCAGAUACUCAUGGAAAUAACAGGUGGAAAAGUCCCCAUGAACAACUUCAGCACUGGCAAAUGAACAGGAGAAAACUGGCUUUCUCCACAGUGGGCACACCAGAUUACAUUGCUCCAGAAGUACUACUGAAGAAAGGAUAUGGCAUGGAAUGCGAUUGGUGGUCAUUGGGUGCAAUAAUGUACGAGAUGCUGGUUGGUUGUCCUCCCUUUUAUUCUGAUGAACCAAUGACCACAUGUCGGAAGAUUGUCCAUUGGAGAAACCAUUUGAAGUUUCCUGAGGAGACUCCAUUGACAUUCGAGGCAAAAGAUCUUAUUUGCAGAUUACUCUGUGAUGUAGAUCACAGACUAGGAAGUGCAGGGGCACAACAAAUAAAAGCUCAUCCUUGGUUUAAGGAUAUUGUGUGGGAUAAAUUAUAUGACAUGGAGGCAGCAUUCAAACCAGCAGUCAAUGAUGAACUAGAUACACAGAACUUCCUAAAGUUUGAUGAAGUGGAUACUCCUGCUCCAGCAAAAACCAGUUCUGGAACAUCCCGGAAGAUGUCGCUAACUCCUAAAGAUUUAAGCUUUGUGGGGUAUACAUACAAAAACUUUGAUGCUGUUAAAGAGAUGAGGAGAAGCACUUCACUUAAGCGGCUAUCAAUCAAUUCAAUCUUCGGUGAUUCAGUCUCAACAGGAAAGAAAUCUUCAAUGGAGGAAAUAGAUAGCCCCAUGGGCACCUCUAAUCCAAUGACUCCAUAAAAUCAAACCACUCAACAGUACUCUCCUAGCUCCCCAGAUGAACACCGCCCGUUUAAUGUGGCUGUCGGUGCCGCCUGCUUGUUUUUAGUCAGGUUUCGUACCCAAACAUGUGAAUCCGGUGAGCUAUUGAGAUACUGUUUAGCAGAACAAAAAAGACCGAAAGCUGUACAGAAGUGCAUCAAGAACUCUGACAGGAAGACCAUUCUGUGAUAUGUUUUACUGAUGAUGAGUUGUACCAUUUGUCUCUGUAGUUUUUAUGAUGUAAUCUCUAUCCUGGCUGCCCAGGUUGGCAAGCAAGAACAAAACAUUGCCUUCUCUUGUGGCAGUUAUGGCCUGUCUUUAUUUUCAUCUCCUUUCAUUCUGCUUUUAAACAGAAUGAUUUUGCCAUAUAUGUUAAAGAGAAUGCAAAUUGUAGUGAUUAAUGGACUUAUGAGGAUUGCAGGUGUCUUACCAAAUCAAGGGUGUUUAUUUUUGGAUAAACAUGCUGAGCUGUUUUGGAAUAAAAUCAAUGCUUAUUUA